AUGGCGCGAUAUAAUCGUCUCCAGACCUUACACUUGCGUCCAUUGCUGCUCCUCUUCCUGAGCACGCUUGUACUUGCAACUUAUGUGACAAGCUACACUGACAUCUCAUAUAGCUCUCUCUCAGUUUCCAGCUCCAACGACGCUGUAGAAGCUCCACAAUCAAUUAUCAACGACCCUGUCUGCUUAUCAGACAAUGUCAAUCUUUUACCCUCUACGUCGGACUCAGCGACUCCUCCAGCGCGUCCAUUAGAUCCUCGUAAACAACACAUUGUCUUUGUGUCGAUUGCCAUCAAAAGCCAUGCGCAACCACUGCUUCGAGUGGCCAGUGAGAUGAAAGAACGAGGAUAUCGUGUCUCCUUCGCUACUCACGACUCUGGAAGAGAGUGGGUGCACGCUUAUGGAUUGAACUUCCUGUCAGCAGGAGACUUUCCAAUCUCAGCUGAAGAUCUUCGUGUCAAAUUUCGUGCCAUGACGCGGGAUGUCUCGAAUUUUCGAGGAAUUUUGACAAUGUUUACCGACAUAUACGUACGUGCAGCACGACUCAUGUUUAAUGCUCUGCUGCCUCAACUGGAGACCAAUGGAAGCAAUCCUAAUGCACCGAACAUGCUGGUUGUGGAUAUUGCAACGAUCGGGGCUCAAGAUCUCGCUCUGAAGCUAAAAGUCCCGUACGUUUUAAACUCUCCGUCGCUCCUGUUUGAUCUAGAAGGAGCUCCAAGUUAUGUGCCAGCAUGGGGCACGGGAUUCCGAGACAAUAUGUCGCUGUGGAAUCGAUGUAUGAACAUUUUGUUCCCACGAUUAUUAUCUGUCGCACUGACACCGCCAUUCAUGGAAUGGAACAGAAUGCGCUACGAGCUUAAUUUGCCGCCAUUCAGAUCCCAACACGAUUUAUUCAAGGGAGCGCGCGUGAUCCUUAAUACGGCAUUCGGACUUGAAUACCCGCAGCCUUUUUCGCCACUAGUGGAUGCUGUGGGACCCAUUAUGCCGAUACCGGGUGGAAAUGCUAGCAAGUUGGAGCGCCAAUCGCUUCCUGCUGCUAUGCUGAGCUGGCUUGACGCGUCUAUUGAAACUAGUCCGUCGCUGCGAUUGCGCCAACGAUCUGCAUCUCAUCAUCGACCUAAGGCUCCAGGCGACCACGAGUUUGAAGCUAGCUCCGGUGGUGUGGUGUAUUUAAACCUAGGCACCAUGGCUUAUAUGGAUGCGUGGCAAGCUCAAGCACUAGUAGAAGGACUACUAAUGGGGUCUAAUGACCCGCCUAUGAAAGUGCUCUGGAUCCUCCCAACAGACCAGCGCGAUAUUUUACCACCUGCAUUACCGACUCAGUUGGUCGUAAAAGCACCUAGUUCUUCGCUGUCAAACCUGGAAAUCUUGAACCAUCCGUCUGUCCGGUUAGUAAUUUCGCACUGCGGCAUGGCGUCAACACAAGAAACACUAGUGAUGGGAAAGCCGUUAUUGUGCAUCCCUUUUCUUGUGGAUCAACCAGAUGUAGCAGCACGCGUUGUUGAUGCUGGAGCAGGUUUGUCGCUGGACAAGAAUUUACUUUCGGGUCCCUACGUGCAUGCUGCAGUCACGGAACUCCUAACAAAUACCUCCUACACGCGUGCCGCAAGGCGAGUUGGCUCGUUGUUGGAGCGAGCUGGUGGUACUUCUCGUGCGAUUGACGUGAUCGACGCUGCAUUGCGAUUGGGAUUUGAUCAUCUGGCCACAUUGAACCUGACAGCUCCUUGGCACAAAACUACUUUACUGGACGUCUGGGCGGUUUACGCUGCGCUUAUCUGCUUGCUGGCUGUGUCUUUGCGCAUUCAGUGGCUACUGCUUUAUUUCCUAGUGUCGAAGAGUCUUGGGCUUUUGUACAGCCUUAUACUUGGACCGCCACUACCUCCAUCCUCCUGUGAUGAGGAUAUGACGUACGAAGAUGAUGACAAAGCAGAAAAGAUUGACACAUUGCAGCCUGGAAGUUGA